AUGUCCCUGGUUUGUUUUAUACCAGUACUGUCCCUAUCAGAUGAGGUCGACUACUGGCGUAGGCGUGCUAAAAAAGCUUCUCGAAAUUCGUCCUCGGAAAAGGAUCGUGCAGAGCUCUUUAUCAAACUUCUGGAGCCUGCCGCAAAUGAAUGCGCGCGUUUCGAAAGUGCAUCACAGUUGGUCGUGUCCUCCAGUAAAGAUCUGGCUUCGACAGUGGAACAAGCAGGCCUUGGAAGUGCAUUAACAGAAUUGCUGAAUAUUUUGGAUCCGGUGGUCUUCGAUGUCCUUGACGAAACAUGGCGAUGUCUUGAGUCAACAGCCACAAAGCCGUUUCCAGAAUCUCGGAUGCGUGAGCUGAUCCAGGCCAUGGGAUAUUGGGUGGUUCGAGUUAUACAGUAUAAUUUAGGUGGUGUCACUUCGGAAAGCCACUCAUCGAACACACCCGUGUCCCUACUGUGGACGCACCCGUUUAGUCAGGUCAAAAGCGGCUUGCAGCUGGGCAUUGAAGCUUGCGAGCAGUGGCAAAAGUGCAGCAACGUGCUUACUCAACAAAUCUGGCACCGUUUUGCUCCUCAUCCAUGGGAGGGCUCUCCUCCCGAUUUAUCCUACUUGGCCCAGUUCAAAUCGCGACUGAAUGAGGUCAAAAGCGGCUUGCAGCUGGGCAUUGAAGCUUGCGAGCAGUGGCAAAAGUGCAGCAACGUGCUUACUCAACAAAUCUGGCACCGUUUUGCUCCUCAUCCAUGGGAGGGCUCUCCUCCCGAUUUAUCCUACUUGGCCCAGUUCAAAUCGCGACUGAAUGAGGUUCUUCAAAUACGUGGACUAUAUGAACACUUGCGACGACUGCUCACAGAUUCGGAACUUGGGGAGCUCGGUAUGUCGGCUGGACUGGGCGAGUUUCUGUUCACACAAAAUACUAGUACGGAGAAUUCGGGGGUCCCCGCAGCAUUGCGUCAACUGGCCAAUCCACUAAACUACAAUCCACUCACGGCUGAGCAGUGGUUGAUUGGGAAGAGUCUGGUUGAUGUGAAAUUUAACGCGGCAGAAGAGCGGGCAGCCAUACGGUUGCGCACAAAACUACUGACGGGAGCCUCGGGGGAUGCUAUAAACGGUGUGCCAUAUGCACAGUGGUUCCAGCUGCUAGAGUUUCAAACACCGAAAAACGGGAAAGUGGAACAUACAACCAAGCCUUGGAGGCAAAAGCAUGUUCUGUUUGUUCAGAAACUGGUACUUGCUGACAAGAACAACGUGAAUCUCAUAUUCCACGAAUUCCACAAGUACCAGGAUUUGAUCCGACGUUCACGGGUCUCUGCAGCCCUUCAGUCUGAGCGCGAGACACUUCUGGGCUAUCUGGAAGCUUCUGUGAAGGAGUUCCGUGAAGAAUUCCUGAUUGGCUCGGGGUCAAACACGGAUAAAACAACAGUCACUGGACAAUCUAUCGGGCGCUCCACCGGCCUCGUGACCGCAAAAAACAUUCCCGAACAAGUCAACCGAAUGCUGUGGGCUGGUCAGUUGGAGUCGAGAGCGAAGGAAGAUUUGAAAUUAGUGGAGUGUCUUCUAUCUGACCUGGCAAGAUAUCCGGCAUAUAAACAAGAAGUCACCUCGCUUAUCGAAGAAAUGUCCUGCUGGAGACGAGAGCAGUUUGAAAGUUGGUCGCGCUGCAACUUGGCUCGGUUGGACGGGCAAGGUGGUCCUGGUUCACUGAGUUUUGACCCUUCGCGUCCUAUCCUUAAUUUGUCUACAGCAAACGGGUUCUUGGAGGUGGGAUUUCCGGAUGCUUUGGUUCAAUUGCAGCGAGAGGUCCGUCUGCUUGUGGGUCUUGGUUACGCUGUUCCAAUGAAACUCAUACAUGCGGCAGACCAAGCUGAAGCACUUCAUCGAUAUGCCAUUGUUUUGAAACAAGUUGCCCACUUUUACAACUCCAUAGACAGUCAAAUGAUCCCAAGCCAACAGGCUCUAAUGCUUAAUUCAGCUAUGGCCUUCGAACGCCUAAUCAAGUCACCAAAAACACAAUUCCGCCUGCCGCCUUCGGACGGCAACAAACCAAAGGAUCUUGAAAACGCCAUUACAUGGAAUCAAACUGAAGAACUGGAAUCUUACAUCAAUCAGCUACAAAACGCAUCAAGGCAGUUGAUGAUGGAGAACAGAAAACUACGUAAAGUUCACUUUACUAUUAUGGAAAAAAUUAUUCGUCUUCUGGACGUCGACCUACUUCGUAACCAAUCGCGAUGGAGAAAUGAAUUAGCCGACGUUCGGUACAUGCUUGCCGAACUUGCGAAUCAAGGUGGCUACCCGGCAGAUCAUAUGGCCCCGUGGAAGGCACAUUUAGACCGGCAGUUGUACAAAGUUUUGGAAUAUCAAUAUCGGGUCGGUUUGGAUGAGAUUAAUGAACGGAUGCCCGAAAUUCGAGUCGACAUGGUCUAUCAGCAAUCACGUUUGGCUUUUAAACCUCCUUUUGAAGAGAUAAAGGCCAAGUAUUACCGUGAAAUGCGCAAAUUCAUUUGCAUUCCCAACUACUUUCGCGGAGUCAGCGACCUACCGGCGAUGGCAAGAGAUGUGGAUAAUUCUGAACUACCAGAGCUCAUCUUCCCGCUGAUUCUGGACAACCAAUCCAAUGGUCUACGUGUGUGCUAUCGCAAAGCAGAAUUCCUAUUCACUCGCCUGAUUGCCAGUUUGGACCAAUUUCGAAACUGGGUGGUUUUGGGAAGUGUGAACUUGGAUGAGCUAGUCGACUCACACUGUCGGGAUUUGGCGGAUUUCGAGAGAAACUUUCGUGCUUUGAAAACGCGUGGACGGGACGCAGAGAAGUUGCCCACCGAGAUCAAAAUUGACUGUGUCACAGUGAACUGCCUGCCUGUGAAGAAUGCCAUCGAAGGCAUGUUGCAGAACUUGUUCGAAACACUGCAGACCUGUCUGCGGCGUUCAAUCCAUGGGGAAUUAGUGGCCGCCGAUGCAUUUCUAACUGAUGCCUUGGAGAAACUGUCGUAUCGACCGCAGACGGUGGACGAACUCAGUGAGGCAAAAGCGCGCGAAGUUGAGUUUUCUAAAGCUCGAAGCCGAUUGGUCGAACAAGUGACGUGCGCGGAGGCCAAGGAUCGACUUCUGCGUGGAGUAGCUGGAUCAGGUGUGCAAGCGUUAGGGGCGACAAAAGCAAAGUGGGACAAAUUCCAGCUGAUGAUGGAGAGUUUUAGGAUGAUGAUGAAUGAACAACUGGAGGCAACUGAAUGUGCUGCACCGGGCCGCCUCAUGUUUCAGUUGCUGCAAUAUUCGGGAUAUCGUGAUACAAAUAUAUUUGUCAUGAAGUCAAAUGUGGAAGCAAGGACGAAGAAUUAUGUGAACUCACUUGAGAAAUUUGCAAGUCGUUGGCAUCAGCUCAAACCAGGACAUGAAUUGUUGGACAGUGGAGACCGCGAGGCAUGCAAAGCCGCCAUCUACUUGGUUCGUGAACGACAGGCGGAGUUCACCGAACUUGAAACGCUACGUGAAAGUGUUAUACGUGAUCAUGUGCACUUUGAAAUGACUCCACCAUCGUUUGGACUGGCUGAAGAACUCGCCACAGAUUUGAAAACCUAUGAAUCCAUGUGGUCCGAAUUUGAAGCCUUUAAUAACGGAGUAGAGGAGUUCGCCAAAGAAGACUGGAUUUCCUUCAGAACGAAAUACUACUUGUUUGAUGAAUUUCUUGCCUCGUGGUUCAACAAACUGCGCGCAACUGAAGUCACUCCAAUGACGGUCUGCUUACAGAAGGCAAUUGAUCAGUAUCGGGAAUUACUACCAGCACUGAAGUGGGUCCGUGGUGAGGCGUUGUCACAAGAUCACUGGAUCGAAUUGUUCCGCUUGAUCGGCUUGCCAAAAUCCAUUAGACUGGAACAGCUGAAUUUUGGUGAUUUGCUCAGUGUGAGUAAAUCCAUCGUGGCGCAGUCAGGGGCUUUGAAGACCCUAACUCAACGGGCUCAGGCGGAAGUUGUGGUACGUGAAGCAUUGCAGGAACUGGACGUCUGGGGAGCUGGAGCCACAUUUGUGUUAACCGAAUACAUUGAUAGCUCUGGUCAGGUGUUAUAUUUGGUCAAAGAUUGGAAGGACAUUGUCAGCCAAGUGGGUGACAAUAUGGCCCUUCUGGCAUCACUUCAAGAUUCACCAUAUUUUGACAGCUUUGCAGACCGUGCCAACGCUUGGGCGCAACGUCUAGCAGACUUGGACCACAGUCUGAAUGGUCUACAGGCAGUACAGCGAAGAUGGGUAUAUUUAGAGCCCAUCAUAGGCAGAGGAGCUCUACCAAAGGAGGCUGCCCGAUUCUUGCAGGUCGAUGCGGAGUUUCGGAGACUCCUCAUGGCCAUAAAGGCAGAUAACAGAGUGGUCAGUCUGGUGUCUGGACAUCGUGCAAAUGCGUUGAAAGAGCAACUCACAAAUAUGCAGACUUUUACUGCGGAGCCAUUUUUUAGGAACUGCCAACUGAACAGUUACAGAUUAUUGGACAAGGAAGCAAAACUCUCAGAUGCAUCUUGUUUACAAAAACUGAAUAUCCAUGCUCUCUUUGAACGCGUCUUCCUGAACUUUCCUGGAUAUUCAUUGACUGUUCUCAAGUCCAAGCAAAUGCUACAAAGCGGCUCCACAGACUCCGCAAUAGAGCUCAGUUUUCAAGAGACACAAAGCGGAUUUACAAGAAAACGGACUACUCGCAUGCCUCCCCCAUCAGAUCAGCUGGCCCGUUGCCAGCGGGCUCUCAAUGAGUACUUGGAGGAAAAGCGAAGCGUGUUUCCUCGCUUCUACUUCCUCGGUGAUGAUGACUUGUUGGAAAUCCUCGGACAGGCUACUAAUCCGUCGGUUGUGCAAACCCAUCUUCGUAAGCUUUUCCAGGGUAUACAUCAUGUUCUGUUCGAAGUGGACGGAGACAAUCGUAGUAACGGAGCCCAAGUGAAGAAGUUGAAAGCUAUGUGUUCUUUGGACGGAGAAGUCGUGUGCCUGCAAAGACCAAUUCAGCUUACACCAGAAGUAGAACUUUGGCUUGGCCGAUUGGCAACCGGAAUGCAAGCCACUCUGAAUGAACUUCUCGCACAGUGCUUGGAUGCUGGUUCAAUCGAAAAUAGGCGAAAACAUUCGUUGGAUCCCAAUGCCUAUCCGGGUCAGAUUUUAACACUAGCUGAAGCUAUAAACUUUUCAAGGAAUGUGGAAGAAGCACUGAGUUGUGGACGGCUAAGUGUAUUGAAAAAAGAUCUCCAGCAUUUCGAUGUAAUUAGCUCAUCAGUAUUUAUUCUCAGCGUCCAGCCUCCUUUUAUUGGUCUGAAUAAUUUCUUUUUUGCAAUGCAGGCUCAACUGGCUGCGUACACAUCCGUGGAUCUGAAUGCACUGAGGUCCACCGGUGCUUCUGCUGACAACUCACUAGACGACAACACAGUGACACAAACUGGUAACCUUGUGAUGGCUGCGAAACUCAGUACCCUUAUCCUGGACACUAUUCACAUGAUCGAUGUCGCUGAUCAACUCAUUCAAGCCGGGGCAGCUACCACACGUGACUGGGCUUGGCAACGUCAACUUCGUUUUUAUGGGGGCCCUUCUGGUAAAUCGUCAAGCGUCUCCGCCCCUCGAGUUUGCAUGGUGGAUGCCGAAUUUGUGUAUACUUUCGAGUAUCAAGGUAACGCCCGACGACUUGUUCAUACUCCUCUGACGGACAAAUGCUAUCUGACCUUGACUCAGGCUAUGCGGAUGGGGCUUGGAGGCAAUCCAUACGGCCCAGCUGGAACCGGAAAAACGGAAUCUGUCAAAGCACUUGGCGGACUAAUGGGACGUCAGGUUUUGGUUUUCAACUGUGAUGAGGGCAUAGACGUGCGAUCAAUGGGACGCAUUUUGGUCGGAAUCGUCAAGUGUGGGGCGUGGGGUUGUUUCGAUGAAUUCAAUCGCCUAGAAGAGGCCGUACUUUCAGCUGUCUCCAUGCAAAUCCAAGUUAUCCAAGAUGGUCUCCGAUCGUCGUCUUCUCACAUCACCCUACUGAAUAGGAGCAUAAGCCUGGAUCCCAAUUCGGGUCUGUUUAUCACUCUGAAUCCGGCCGGUAAAGGCUACGGCGGACGGCAAAAGCUACCGGACAAUCUUAAACAGCUGUUCCGUCCCGUGGCCAUGUCACAACCCGAUGUGGAUCUAAUUGCCGAAAUGAUCCUAUUCUCAGAAGGAUUCCGCCAUGCUCGGUUAUUGGGUCGUAAACUGGUCUCCGUUUUCGCCUUAGCUAGGCAACUUUUAUCUGUUCAGCAACACUACGAUUGGGGUCUAAGAGCACUGAAGACGGUGCUACACAGUGCAGGAUGCUUGCUUCACGCGCAUCAAUCUAAUCAUCCACAUGCAGAUCCAACUACUAGAGGUUGUGCAACUGAGAGCAGAAUGGUGAUCAGGGCAGCCCGUACGAAUACUUUGGCGAAACUGACUUGCGCAGACGUAGGACGUUUCGAGGCUUUGCUCCGUGACCAACACUACGAUUGGGGUCUAAGAGCACUGAAGACGGUGCUACACAGUGCAGGAUGCUUGCUUCACGCGCAUCAAUCUAAUCAUCCACAUGCAGAUCCAACUACUAGAGGUUGUGCAACUGAGAGCAGAAUGGUGAUCAGGGCAGCCCGUACGAAUACUUUGGCGAAACUGACUUGCGCAGACGUAGGACGUUUCGAGGCUUUGCUCCGUGACGUAUUUCCCGAACCAGAGUUACACGUCUCGUCCUCAGAAGACCCAGAGCUGACAACACUUACCGAAGCCCUUCAUGCAGUUGUCGAAGAAAAUCGCAUGGUAUUGGUGGAACCACAGAUUCAAAAGGCCCUGGAAGUUUAUGAACAGACAAAACAACGUAUGGGCGUUGUUUUAGUUGGUCCUUCCGGUUGUGGAAAGUCCACCAUACUGCGUCUGUUACGCAUGGCGUUGGCAAAAGUUGGACGUCCCUUGCGUUACCAUGUUUUCAAUCCAAAAGCAAUGCUGCGGGUGCAGCUUCUGGGUCGUAUUGAUCCGGAUACUCGGGAAUGGACCGAUGGUGUUCUGACCUAUAGCGCUCGAUGCGUUGUGAAAGAGGACAGUUCCCAAUCAUGCUGGAUUGUUUGCGAUGGUGAUAUCGAUCCAGAAUGGGUGGAGUCUCUGAAUUCCGUGUUGGAUGACAACCGUUUGCUGACCCUACCCAACGGAGAGCGCAUUCAGUUCGGUCCGAAUGUCAACUUUUUGUUCGAAACACACGAACUCACCCAGGCCAGUCCGGCAACAGUGUCCCGUAUGGGGGUGGUCUAUGUAAGUGAGGAGUCUACAGAACCGCGGGCGCUCGUGGGGGCGUGGCUCGCACAACAGCCAGAGCAGGACCGUGACCAACUCGAGCUUCUCAUCAAUCAGUCAUUCUACACCUGUCUGGACUGGGUUUAUCAGAAGAUACCUCAGUACAUUUUCAUAGAAGAAACUACCCACAAGUUUGCUGAAAACUCUUCGACAGCCCAUCACCAGUUUCACUCUUCUUGGGGAUCAUCAGUUAGAGUUCAAGUAGAACCUAAGAAUGAUUUCGUUUUGGAAACCAGCCCAGCGGCAACUGUUUUCAAUGGGUUGUCUCAUCUUGUUGGAGCAACCACCACAGCACAGUUUGCAGUCGGUAUGAUACGUGGGUUGGGGGCCAAUCUGACGGAAGCUUCUCGAGAAGCACUUGCUCUGCAGGUUUACGAAGCAACUGGAGAGACUCCUCCGGAUCCCACACGCCCACUGGACGUUCAGGUGGACAAGAAUUGCCCUACUCGUCUGAUAUCAUACCCACCUGGAACGAGCAUAGUACUUCUUGGCCCAGGUUCGCUAAGUAAUACAGCUGGUGGGUGCACAGAAUUUUCCUCAACGAGCAUCUCAACUGACAGUGCCCUUGCUCACGCAGCGGCCGAUGGACUGGCAUCUGGAUACCCCCCACUAGUACUUACGCCAACUGUUCGGAGAUCAAUUGACGCUUUUCGCUGUUGGUUGGACGAUCCAAAAGCACGCCAGUCUUUUCUACUUGUGGGUCCGGAGGGUUGUGGGAAGAGUCGUCUGUUGGACUACUGCUUCGCUAUGUUCAACCGGUCAGCUCAAGUGGCCACUAUUCAGUGCUCCGCGCAGACCACACCCAUCCAUUUGCUGGAAAAACUAUCCCAGUGUUGCAUGACGGUGACCAGCAGUACAGCCGGGACGAUUGCCGGUCGUGUUCUUCGUCCGCGCGAAGGAGAACGGUUGAUUCUGUAUUUGCGGGAUUUGAACCUCGCAAAACCGGACAAAUGGGGUUCGUGCCAGUUGACGGCGUUCCUCCAGCAGCUGCUGACCUAUCAUGGCUACUACGAUCCAGUCAACCUGGAAUUUGUGGGUGUUGAAGGCAUACAGUUUGUUGGAAGCAUUACGCCGGCUACCACUUCUGCAGGUUUAGGACGACAUCUACUGUCACCCCGGUUCACUUCAGCUCUCCGGCUGACUGUUAUAACCUACCCGGAGCGAGACCAACUAAUUUCCAUCUACACGUGUCUACUUCAGGCGGUUGUACAUUCCCAUUUGGCGGCAAACUGUACCUCCGUGUGCGAUAGCCGAGCGUCCAAAUAUACUGUUCAGGCACAUUCAACAAAGACUCCUCCAUUGUUAAAUCCGGUGCGAUUGCAUAUGAUGUCCUCAAUAAUGGUACAGCUUCUUGACAGCGUACAACAGCAGUUCAGAGCCGAUGAACAUGCACACUGCGUCUUCACCCCACACUUGUUAACCCGAUGGACAGCCGGACUAUUGCGCUACGAGUUAAAUGGAUCAGUCAAUAAUUUGUGGGCCGCUUUUGGUCAAGAGGCGCGAUGCGUGCUACGCAAUAGACUUCCGGGUGAACGUGCUCGAAGUCAGUUUGAUACGCUUUUCAGUGGUCUAGUGUACAGCAACCUUAGCAGUACUACUACCCAUGGGGAAUUCAGUGGCGGGGACGAAAUCCAGACAAUUUUGAAAUUUGCCACAGGAGAGGUUGAUGAAUUGUAUGAUUUUUGCGGGGAAAGUGAAAGUCCUCGUGGCAAGUCUUCCGAAGAAGCAGGGUGGUUUGUCACUUGGGGUGCCAAAGAAGCAGCUCCACCAGGCAGUCCAAUACCCCUUCAUGGCAGACCACUUGGAUUUAUGGUAAUGAGUCACAUAAGGGAAGUUUGUGAACGCGGUUUGACCCAAAUUGCUAGAGAACAGUGUCCAAAAGCAGCUGAGCUGGCCCUAUUCCCUGAGUUUAUAGAUCUUAUUUGUCGCAUAGAAAGGGUCUUGACCCGCCCGGCUGGAUCCCUACUGUUAGCUGGUCGUUCAGGUAUUGGAAGGCGAUCUGCUUUGAACCUCGUGACACACCUACACCAAUUCGAAGUUCAUCGACUGCGCGUUGGUCGUGACUAUACAGUUCGGCACUUUGUAGGCGACGUGAAGGUGGCAUGUCAAGCUGCCGGGAUAGACUCCCAGCCUACGGUGCUAUUGAUUGAAGACCAUCAACUAACUCACGAUGCAAUGCUCGAAAUAAUCAAUAGUUUACUGGCCUGUGGGGAGGCGUCUGGUUUGUUCACUGCAGACGAACUUGAGGCACUAGCAACAAACACGCCUCCCACCGGUGGGGUGAGCUUGCGUGAGGCAGCUGCAGAAGCUAGUCAUAGAGGACCGAUUUCCUCAUUCUUCGCUCAGCGCGUUCGUGCAAACUUGCACUUUGUCAUCGUUUUGGAUGUGGAUGAUUCCGACCAACUUACAGCUAGGCUGCGUGCGAAUCCUUCUGCAUACAAACACUGUGAAGUUCAGUGGGUGGAUAACUGGACCAGAAACAGUUUACUUAACCUCCCUAAACUACUCAUUUCUGCUGUUCGUGUCCUUCCGAAUGUAGAGGAACUUUGCCAAGCAUUUACUAGCCUGCAUAACACAGCGCCCCAUCUAUACAUGGCUACACCUCGCCGCUAUCUGGCAUUAUGCGCCGCCUAUGCCGGAAUUGAACAAACGCAUCGAUCAAAACUUGAAGCUCGGGCAUCCAGAUUGCAAGCUGGUUUGGCGAAACUGAAAGAAGCUCGACGACGAGUCUGUCAGCUGAAGAAGAGUGCCGCAGAACAGGGCGAACAACUGGCAGAAAAACAAACGGCAGCGGAUAAAGCUCUCGAACAAAUAAGUGCAGCCAUGCAAGGAGCUGCUGAGCAAAGGACUGAGAUGGAGAAUCUACGGAGCCGUGUCGCCGAAGAGUCAAGAGAUUUGGAACGCCGGAAAGCCGCGAUAGACACAGAGCUUUCGGAGAUUGAACCUUUAGUCCAACAAGCUCGCGCUGCCGUGGGUAGCAUCCGGCCUGAGGCCUUGUCGGAAAUUCGUGCAUUGCGAGCACCACCGGAUGUGAUUCGUGAUAUACUUGAAGGUGUACUGCUCCUGAUGGGAAUACGUGAUACCUCUUGGGUGAGCAUGCGAGGCUUUCUCGCAAAACGUGGUGUCCAGGAGGAAAUUCUAACAUUUGACGCACGGAAAAUAAGCGCGGAACUACGUACAAGUGUGGAGAAGUUACUUGCUAAAAAUCAGGAUUCUUUUGAUCCGAAGAUUGCAAAGAGAGCCUCAGUAGCCGCUGCACCAUUAGCAACCUGGGUUCGCGCAAAUGUCAAGUACGCCACUGUUCUUGAACGAAUAGCUCCAUUGGAAGCCGAGCAAGCACAACUUCAAGGGUCACUCUCACAAGCAGAAUCAUCGUUGAAAGCGCUUGCUGAAGAGCUAGCAGGAGUAGAUGCCAGAGUGGGACAAUUGCGGGCUGUAUUUGAACAACACACUGCUGAGGCAACCCGACUAAAAGUUGAACUUGACCGAGCCAAAGAGACCUUGGCUUCUGCUGAGGCGCUGGUCGGAGAACUGGAAGGUGAACAUGCGCGGUGGAAAAAGCAGGUCAAUGAACUGACCGUGAAACUCACUGCCCUGCCACCUCUUGCACUUUUAUCGGCUGCAUUCAUCACCUACCUCUCCGCGAGCCCCGAACAUGUGCGGAAAAGUCAAAUGUGUGAAUGGGUUCGACAGCUUACCGCUCUUGGCAUGACGAUUCCGAACGAAUCGUUGUACCUGCAAGCUUCAUCUGAUCCCAACCAUUUCGGGGAAGCUAAAGGGUUCGACGUGUUGCGCUUUCUCACAACCGAGAGAGAACAGCUGGUCUGGCGAAAUCAGGGACUGCCAUCCGAUCAAUUGUCGAUUGAGAAUGCUGUAGUGAUUCUGGAGACUGGGAUGUGUCCGUUCAUCGUUGAUCCAUCAUCCAGAGCCUUGAACUGGCUGAAGCAACAUUUAAGAGAACGGAAGGUAGAGGUUGUCAGCCAACGCAGUGCGAACUUUACGACCACCUUGGAACUGGCAGUCCGUUUCGGCAAGUCGCUUAUCAUACAGGAGGUGGAUGAGAUUGAACCUAUUUUGUUCCCACUGCUGUCUGGAAGUCUCAUUUUCCAAGGCGGAAGAUCUACGGUUCUCCUUGGGGAUAAAACGGUCGACUACCAUCCUGAUUUUCGCUUGUUCUUGUGCACCCGACAAACCCCCACCAGUAUUGGCACGAUUCGACCAGCGAGUGCUUCAUCUCUUGUUACGGUGGUGAAUUUCGUAACCACAAGAGCUGGUCUGGUCAAUCAACUUUUAGCAGCUAGUCUGCACCAUGAACGUCCGCAAAUGGAAGAGAAACGACAAAACUUGGUUCGCGAAGAAGAACGCAUGAAAUUGGAACUGGCCAAAUUGGAAGAUGAUCUGCUUGAGGCACUUGCGAACGCGCAUGGAAAUAUCUUGGAGAAUAAAGAGCUUUUACUUUCUCUGAAUAAAACCAAACAAUCCAGUAUGACCAUAUCUGAUUCCUUGAAGGAAUCCUCAAGGCUACAGGCUGAACUAGACAAAGAACGCGAUGUCUUCUAUCCUCUGGCUGAAGCUGGUAGUCGUGUAUAUUUUGCACUGACUGAACUUGUCAAGAUCAACUGGAUGUACCAGUUUAGCCUAAACAGCUUUCUUCAUCUAUUCGAGAAGGCCCUCGAAGCUGUUUAUGACCCGUCACUACCCACCGCUGGUAAAGUAGCGUUUCUACACAAGAGACUUGAGGCUCUUGCAUUUGCGCACGUCUCGCAAGCCCUAUUCAAAGCUGACCGACCAAUGUUUACCAUGCAUAUGGCUCGAUGUCUGAGACCAGAGGCGAUUACGGAGGAAGAAUGGCAGUUCUUCACUGGUGUGACUGUAACUGAUCCGCAGAUUGACACCAAGUCCGCACCCAGUUGGCUGGAUCCAGAUCGUGUCCGUGAUGUGUUGCGUUUCAAGGCCGCACUACCUGCAAUCUAUUCCGCACUUCGUCUGGACGAGGCGAGAAUCUGGUCCGGUUGGAUGUCGCACCAUAGUGAUGGCGGUUUGCCACCACCGGCCAAUCUACAAUCAGCCCAACUGACGCCAUUUCAACUCGAUGUACUGGCCGUUCAAGCUCUUAGACCCGAUAGACUGCAAACAGCCAUGCUACAAUUCGCCAAUCGUUGUUUGGAUCUCCCACAUUUGGGAUCGUCAACUGUGAAUUUAUCUCGUUUAUAUGAGCAUGAAACUCGGGCGACGGAACCGAUACUGUUGCUAAUCAGCCCCGGAGCUGAUCCUUCGCAAGAAUUGGCUGAGGCAGCCGCUGCUAGAUUUGGUAAUCGAAAGGAUUCGAUCAGUUUGGCAGAUUCUCAUUACCGUCAGGUGGCUAUGGGUCAAGGUCAAGCUGACCUAGCCAUUAGCGAACUCCACGCUGCUGCUGAAGCCGGCGAUUGGCUGUGUUUGAAGAACUUGCAUCUGGUUAUCCCGUGGUUGCCGACACUAGAAAAGGAAAUCAACUCACUCUUGCUAGAUGAACAAGUCUCUGCCAACGACAUUUCAAAUCGAAAAAAUACUGGAGAUGGAAUUAUGCAUGUUCAUCAAAACUUCCGCCUAUGGCUGACUGCCGAACCACAUGCUGGAUUUCCAUCUGCAUUACUGCAAACCUGCUUAAAGGUGGCCUACGAAGCACCACCCGGAUUGAAACGAAAUCUGCGAAGAACUUACGAGUCAUGGACACGGUCAUAUUUAGCACAGGGCAACUCUUCUAAUCGCGCCACAACACUGGCUGCGUUAGCCUGGUUCCAUGCUGUCGUGCAAGAAAGGCGAAACUAUAUACCACAGGGUUGGACGAAAUUCUAUGAGUUUUCCUACGCAGACCUUCGGGCCGCUGCUGAUGUCAUUGAUCGACUAUUACUACCAUCCGGUUCUAAGACAAUUGUCAAAGAUGUUUGGGCAUGGAUCCACGGUUUGUUCGAAGGAACAGUCUACGGUGGUCGAAUGGAUAAUCAGUCAGAUGUGCUCGUGCUUCAGUCCUACUUAGUUCAAAUGUUCAGUGAUGAAACGCUGCGCAGUCUCAAACUUGGUCCACUCCGUCUUCCUGGAACAACAGAACUCAAGGAUUACACAACUCUGAUUGAAUCGUUGCCGGAUUACGAUCAGCCGAGUAAUUUCAACUUGCCCACCAACAUCGACCGUAGCGCUCAACGUUCCGCGGCCAAUCGAGUGAUUGCACAACUUCGACUACUUGGUAGAACGGUUGGAAAAACUAGUAAAUUUGACAAAGUUCUAUGGAGUCAAGAGCUAGGACCCAUCUUGGUAUUGUGGAAAAAGCUAAACCAAGGGGCACCUCUGUUGCAACGUUCAGCAUCAACGAAUCCAGAGUCCAGUAAACUACGCUCUGCAAUGUCAACCACAUUGAAAACAUCUUCACUGAGUGGUAUUAGUAAAGAAAGCCCGGUAGUUGAAUUCCUACGACUGGAGCUUAACAAUGCGCUUCACUUGGUUCACACAGUGCAUGCUGGACUUGCUGGAUUGUCGCGUACCUGCCGAGGAACUCAACUACUAACUACAGCGCUUCGUCAAUUAGCAGAGAGCUUGUUACACGGAGAGACACCAGACUCAUGGCUUGCUGAAUGGCCUGAAGGCCCGGAAGAUCCCGUUUCAUUUCUACGUGAUCUUGUUGCCAAGGCAAUUGCAGUUCAGAACCUGAUGAAGUUGGCUGAAACGAAACAAUUUUUGCGGGCCAACUCCCCGCCAAUCGAUUUGGCCGAUCUUUUCAGACCAACAACCUUCCUGAACGCUGUGCGACAGCAGACAGCCCGACAACUUGGUGUGGCAAUCGAUACACUCAAGCUGGUUUGUGCGUGGCCAGGACAAUCAAACCAGAGCUCCACAUUGUCUGAGGGGCAUAUCCCUAUUCGUAUCGCCAAGCUCAAACUUGAGGGCGCUGUGUUUGAGUCGGAUCAGCUGGCCCCAAGCCAACCAGAAUCACCCAGUCUGGUCUAUCUACCAGAGUUAACCCUGAUAUGGAUUGAACAGGACAUGCCAGAUUUUAUACGCAUUGAAGCCUCCAUCUCAUUGCCAGUCUAUUUGGACAGCGCUCGUCAACAUUUGGUCACGUAUCUUCGCGUGCCUUGCCCGACCGGUACCCAGAAUCAAUGGAUUCAAGCGGGAACUGCGCUGUUACUCACAUCCCUGUGAUUCUCGUCUGUUUGAUUGUUGUUGACUGACUUGUAUCCGUAUCUGUAUUUCUUUGUUCAGUGGAACUACAGCCCUCAGUAUGAC